GGGUACAUGUUGAUUGGUAUGAAUUUGCGGGUUAAAACCAAAAAACAAAGCCCUGCUCAUCUCACCCUAGCCGCUCACACCUCAUUCUCAGAGCCGUCGCGACCAUCCGUCAUCGACGCCGUCCGUUGCCAUUGAAAUCCAAAAUAAGGCAAUGGAAGAGGCAGCUGCAGAAACGGUUGAAUCCUUGUCCAUCGCCGAUCCCCAAUCAUCCAACCCUAAUCAGUUGAGCAUCGACCAGAGGUUUCAGAUCGUGAGGAGCGUCGGUGAAGAGUGCAUUCAGGAAGAUGAGCUCCUUAACCUCCUUGCUAAGAAGCCCGAGCCCGUUUGCUAUGACGGCUUCGAACCUUCUGGAAGAAUGCACAUUGCUCAGGGUGUGAUGAAGACAAUCAAUGUGAACAAACUAACAUCUGCUGGUUGCCGGGUCAAAAUAUGGAUUGCUGAUUGGUUUGCCAAACUAAACAACAAAAUGGGGGGAGAUUUGAAAAAAAUUGAGACUGUUGGCCGUUACUUGAUUGAAAUUUGGAAAGCUGUUGGGAUGGAUCUUGAAGGAGGAAAAGUUGAGUUUUUGUGGUCAUCCAAAGAGAUUAACUCCAGAGCUGAUGAAUACUGGCCUCUUGUCUUGGAUAUAGCUCAGAAGAACAACCUUAAAAGGAUUAUCAGGUGUAGCCAAAUAAUGGGACGAAAUGAACAAGACGAAUUGACUGCAGCUCAAAUAUUCUAUCCAUGCAUGCAAUGUGCUGACAUAUUUUUCCUCAAGGCCGAUAUAUGCCAAUUGGGAAUGGAUCAGCGGAAAGUGAAUGUACUUGCCAGAGAGUAUUGUGAUGACAUUAAGAGGAAGAACAAGCCCAUCAUCUUAUCACACCACAUGUUACCUGGUCUGCAGCAAGGGCAAGAAAAGAUGUCAAAAAGUGAUCCAUCGUCUUCCAUUUUCAUGGAAGAUGAAGAGGCUGAAGUGAAUGUGAAAAUAAAAAAAGCUUACUGCCCCCCAAGGAUUGUGGAAGGAAACCCAUGCUUGGAGUACAUUAAAUAUCUUAUCUUACCAUGGUUUAAUGAAUUCACUGUCGAACGUAAUGCAGAUAAUGGUGGGAAUAAGACUUUCAAAACCUAUGAAGAGCUGAUUGCAGACUAUGAAAGUGGAGCAUUGCAUCCAGGUGACCUUAAGCCUGCAUUGUCCAAGUCAUUGAAUAAAAUUUUGGAGCCUGUAAGGGAACACUUCAGAAAGGACAGCAGUGCUAAAGAGCUCCUAAAAAGGGUCAAGGCUUACAGAGUCACCAAGUAAAAUGCUGAUUAAAGAAUUUAGGUUAAUUAUAUUAUUUGCCAAACAGCCAUAAAAUUUUCCCGUUAGCAAAUGCACUUUUGGACUUUUAAAUGUGGCGCAGGUUCUCCUUAGAACGAGAUAUCUGAUUUUAAUUCGUGUAUUUUAUAUACUUGAAAAAUAGAUCUAAUGUUUUAAUUUAAUAUUUUUAUUUUAUUAUGUAAGACGUGUCACAAAUAGCAAUAGAUUGAUUCAAGAUUCCACUAAACUUAUCGAAUGUUUAUUAUGUACAUGGAUGACAUGCAAACUUGUGUAUUACAUUUUACAAGAAUAAAAAAAAAUUCCC